AGAUGACAAGGUAUUUAAAAAUCAUAGCAACCAUGUGGUGAAAUUUGAAUUUUCGUCUCUGUACGUACUUGGUGGCUUUCCGAUCAGCUGACGAAGUGACUUUUCUUCGCAUUCUGUUUCGGUCCACGAAACCAAACGGAAGUGGUUCCAUUUCUGGUUCCUGUUGAGCAGUGGAUAGAAACAAAAAGAAGUAACGGCAGUUUGUCUUCAGGAACAAUAGAAAUUUAAGGUUCAAGGACAUCGAAUAGCUAUGACGGAAGAGAGCUUCAAUAAGGCUCCUGGGUCGGAAAUGGCUAAAAUUCGCUCAACAGUCGUUACCAUAGGCAACAUGAAAGCAACAUCGACGAGUUCCGCUCCCACAUCAAUCCUCUCGGAACGAUUACUGGGUUCGUCAUGUACCUCGGGACCAUCCAUGAACCAAGAACUACCGUUCACAAUUCUGCAAUACGGACAUUUGUUCCCUACAAUGCUUCAACCCGGUUUCUCGGUCUAUCCACCUCCACCGCCAAUGCCAGUUACUAUACCGGUAUUUUAUCAACCAGUCAAUGGGACCGUGCAUCAACCUCAACCAUUCGAUACGAACAUGUUCUACCGAUGCAUGCCACAGGUUCCAACUGGUAGUGAUAUCCUUGGACAGAAGAUAAACUUGUCUAGGAAGCAAGGAAAGGUGAUGCAAAAUAAAAUGAAAACUAAGGAGAAACAGGAUAUACUAACCAGUGGAAGCGAUGGUUCACUCAGCCCAAUCUCAUUGCCCAUGAUGACCACCGAUGCCCCGCGAGAGGUUGGUUUCGGUGGGUCUGGAAUUAUAGUGAAUAAAGAAAAACUUGCAACGCUCACAGACAUGGCCAUGCAAGGAUGCGAAGUGGCCGAGUUGUUGGCCAAUAAUCAUCAAAAACGUCCAUGUUUCAAGAAGAUAGACAGUUUAUGUGCCCGUAUGAAACAGGAUUUGAUAAGGCCGGAUAGUGUUUUGGCUAAUAUUAACUCUCAAGGAAUGGCAUGGGCCGUGAAGGAUUUCAUUUUUGUUUUUACUCGCAUUAUAAAUGCUUGGAUUAUUAUUAAGGGCUAUGUUUAUAACACUCCAGAAGGUUUGGAUCGCGUACAGAAAGUUUUGAGUCCAGAUUUUUUGGAUAAUUUUCUAAAAUGGCAAGAUUCGACAAUCGACUUUGUUGACAGUUUGAUCAAGUCUUUCACAAGUUUGGAUCAGACGGUGCAAAAUCAACGAACGAGUGGCGUACAAAAGGAACCGACAAUAAAAGGAUGUGGAAUAAGGCAGUGCAAAACAGAUGAAGAAAAAGAACGUGGUAUUCAGGAGUUGUACGAGUACUUGAAGGACAUCAUACCGAAUCUAGCAGAAAAUAAAGCUUCAUCCUCUUCAGAUAAUGCAAGCAGUAGUGAUCUAUCCGACCGCAGCAGCAUAAUAUACGACGGCAGCAAAAGCUAUCUAGUCCCGGUUGUUAACGACUCCGAACAAACUCAAAUGAAGCACAAUGAACAUGGAACCUAUUUCAAAACAGGAAUUUAUGAACCAGUUAAAAAACCACCAGGAUUUGCACCCAACCCAGUAACGGGUCCCUUGAAAAACCCAUUUACUUUGACUGAAGCUACCAACUUCGUAACAUCAACACCAAAAAUUUUGAAGAAUCCCUUCCCUCAAACCCGGUUUGAGCUGGGUUCGGUCAGUAAUAAAGCUUACGAUGGUGAUGCUAGCAUCCAGACGGCGAACGAAUUUACGGACAUUUCGCUACCAUCGCAGUUGCAAAUGGAUUUUUUCAACGAUGCCAUCAUUCGACAAACGUUCGAUAGCGAAACCGUGGCCAAAAUACAUUAUUUGCUUCAGAAAAUGUUCAAUGUUAAUGAGGCAAAAUAUUUUUUUGAUUUACGCUUUACAAAGAAUUAUUUUCCAGAGUUUCAUUCGGUUAAUCCAAGUUUCAUAGACAUAAGGUCUAUUAUCUCGAAGGCUCAGAUUGGUGGUUAUCAAAACAUUCAUGGAAUUGUUUUUGAUUUAAGACAAAUAGUCCAAGCAGCCCGUCAAUAUCUUGAACAAAAACCACAUUCGUUACUCAAAGAAACGGCCGAUGAAUUCGAGCGCAACCUGGAAGAUAUUCUUAGUGACAAAAUGUUCGACUGCUAUGAUUUUAGUUGCCUUCCGGGAUCGACCUCACCGGCUGCGACAACUAGCAGCAAUGGUAGCACAAUGACAGCCUGUUCGGGCGAAUUUUGAAUUUAUCAAUAGAAAUAUUCUAAUAACUCGUAAUUUUAAACAAAAGCCACAGCUUUGAGUUAUCAGUGAUGUGAUUUUCAGCAAAAGUUGUUAAUUUGCCAAUAAGUUUCAAAUUCACUGUAGCUGUUCAGGGACGAAAAGUAACAAUUAGCAACUAACACAGGCAGAAGGUGUUAUAUUCAAACACCCGGCUGACCUGGCAAAAUUAAAGUAAUAUGGUGCUGGUUUACGUACGUGUAGCACAGCAGCUUUAAAUUGCUAUAGUAUACAACACAUAGUAUAGUUAGAUAUAACUGGUUUUUAAAACUCUGAAAUGUAAAUUAUACAGUCAACCUUCAAUUGGUCGAGCAGUAUCGAAGCAAAGUUUUUAGCAGAUUUGGUAAAGUGGACAAAUUUUAAGCAUAGGGUAUAACUCAACCUUAUGAAAGUUUUGAUUUUGAACAUGAAUUAUUCAAAAUUAUGUAUGAAUAAGUUUUAGCUGUUUUAGUAAGAUCUCUUAAUGAUAGCCUUGCAGUUUUUAUCCUCUUGAUUAGGUUUAGUAAUUUGCUGUGUAAUUUUGUAUAAAUGACAUGAAUAAAUACCAACAUCCAAUUUCAACUG